UCCGAGAGACUAGCACGAAAAGCUGGUAUGGAAUCAUGUGAGUGUGUCAACAAAACGGGAGUGGAAAUGGACAUGAUGAUGAUGCAAAUGACAUUCUACAUAAGCACCAAAGUCACCGUCUUAUUCGACAUCUGGGACAUCAAGACCCUCUCUGGGAUCAUCCUGACAUCACUGUUCUGGGCUCUAGCAGCGUUCCUGUACCAGGGCCUAAAAUACUUCAGAGGUUUUCUAAACAAGUCGUGUCAGUGUGGGGUGGAGAUGGGGGUGGUGAUAAAAUUCCUCAGCAGAACCACCAGAAACAGCACAGGAAGUGCGGGGUAUGGUGCUAUUGAGGAAACUGAGGGGGUGACCGAGGUGGAUAACUCCGGGAGAGCGGUCAACUGGAGGCUCCACCUGGUGCAGUCCUCCCUGCAGUUAGUGCAGACUACAGCUGGCUACUUCCUCAUGCUUGUUGUUAUGACGUACAACUUGUGGUUGUUUUUGGCGGUUGUUGUAGGGGAUGCACUGGGGUAUCUGGUGUUUCAGAGGCACUCUUUCGAUAACUCUGAUCACUGCAACUGAGCGGGACUUUACUGACCAGCGGUGGAUAUUUGUGUGCUUAUGUAUAAAGUGUUGGUUAUCGAUGAUGAUUGAGUGUUAACAAUAAAUCGUCCAGGAGGGAGAGAUAAAUGUGGCGCGUGGAUAGAUUAAAGCGGUAAUUACACGAAUAUUUAAAAAUGUUAUGGCCGUGAAAUGUGAAAAAUAUUUUAAAUUAUUUAAACCACCCUUUUUUAUCUA